AUGUCUCCCCAUCUCCGCGAGAUCGGAUCCUGGGCCUCCGAUCCCAAGAUCUCCGGCCAAAACUCUACCGUCACCACCAAUACCACCACGAUGUCGUCGCUGACAUCUGGUAGCACCGCCAGCCGUGGGAGCUCGCUUCCGCUGGAGGCUUUUAAAAAUGCGCCCGGGGGAUCGCAGCCAUGGUCCUCCGUGAAUCGACGGCCCUAA